AUGUCUCAGCAGCAGGGAAGCCACCGUAGCAGCAGCUCGUCGCUGUCUGCUAUGGUAUCAACACUUGUACCAUGUAUCGUAGUCGCUGCAGUUCUCGUAGGAGCUUUCUUUUUGCUGCGUGCUAAGCAGAAGCGGUUAUAUGCACCGCGAACAUAUCACGAUGCGCUGCUGGACGAGGAAAAGACACCAUCAGCAGGCCAGAGUUUCUUGGGUUGGACUAAGAAGUUUAUGCACCUCAGCGACGAAUACGUCCUCAACCACCAUUCCCUCGAUGCUUACCUCUACAUGCGCUUCCUUAAGGUGCUCACGUUGAUGGCAUUCGUCGGUGCCAUCAUCACGUGGCCGGUACUCUUCCCUGUAAACGCGACAGGUGGCGGUGCUCAGUCAGGCCUGGACAUCCUCAGCUUCUCCAACAUCAACAAUGAGGUGCGAUACUUUGCUCAUGCGCUGAUGGCUUGGGUUUUCUUCGGCUGGGUCUUGUUUCUUAUCGGCAGAGAGAUGUUGUACCUUGUCAAGGUUCGACAGGCCUACCUUUUAUCCACGUGGAAUGCGAGUCGAAUCUCGCAACGAACAGUCUUGUUCACCGAUGUACCAGAGAAGGAUCUAUCGCUCGAGCGUCUUCACACCAUGUUCCCGGAGGUGGCACAGAUCUGGUUGGUGCCAGAUGUGGAGGAUCUAGAAGACGAUGUUGAGGAACUUGAGAAGACAGUACCCAAACUAGAGACCAGUGAGAUCAAGUACUUGGCAGCAGUUACCAAGCAACAGCAGAAAAAGAGUAGCGAGAAGAACAGCAUCGACAAAGCAUUGCGACCCACGCAUCGAUUAAAGCCUUUGAUUGGGCACAAGGUCGACUCUAUCGGUUACUACCGCAACCAGAUCAAGGAAUUGCUGCCCAAGAUUCACUCAGCGCAGCAGUCUCACCUCGCUGGCAAGGAGAAGUUGGCCAGCGCUGUCUUCAUCGAAUUCAAUACCAUGGCAGCUGCUGAAGCCGCCUUCAAUGACAACCAGCAUCGCAGGCCGACCAGUUUCUCCUCCCGACAGAUGGGUGUCUUGCCUGACGAGGUCAUCUGGAAGAACCUUAACAUGGGUUCAAAGAACAGAAUGAUUCGGCAUCUCCUUGCGACUAUCGCUAUUUCGGCUCUCAUCAUAUUCUGGGCUAUACCCGUGGCAAUUGUUGGUAUCAUCAGCAAUAUCAACUACCUUACAGAGAAUGUGCCAUUCCUAGCAUGGAUUGACUCUAUUCCUCCCGUAAUCCUUGGUGUAGUUACUGGACUUUUGCCAACCAUCCUACUUGCGGUCCUCAUGGCAUUGGUACCUAUCAUCUGUCGAUUUUUUGCAAAGCUCGCCGGAGCCGCUACGAUCUCCGAAGUCGAGCAGCAGUGCCAGACAUGGUACUUUGCUUUCCAGGUUAUCCAAGUCUUCCUCAUCACGACCUUUACUUCCAGCGCCUCAGCAGUGGCUAGCCAAAUUGUCAGCAACCCAUCAUCCGCUAUCACUCUGCUAUCCAAGAAUCUUCCCAAGGCUUCCAACUUCUACAUCUCAUAUUUUAUCCUCUAUGGGCUCGCCAACGCUUCGCGCUAUCUCUUUAACUUGAUGGGCCUAGUAGGUGUGUUCAUCCUGAGCAAGUUCGCAAAGACUCCGAGAAAGAAGUACAUGCGCUACGUGUCCUUCACUGAGCCAUCGUGGGGAGCGGAAUAUCCCAAAUGGACUAACUUGGGCGUUAUCGCCCUGUCUUACGCAUGCAUCGCGCCGCUCGUUUUGGGCUUCGCCACAGCCGGUAUUGGUUGCAUCUACCUUGCAUACCGCUACAACAUGAUCUACGUUCACGACACCCACAUCGACACCAAAGGUGGUUUCUACGCACGCGCACUUGAGCAGCUUAUGGUGGGUGUUUACCUUGGAGAGCUUUGCCUUUUGGGUCUUUUCGGUAUCGGUAUAGGGAACAGCGUCGUGUCUGCUGGACCUACUGUGCUUCAGGUCGUGUUGAUCGUAGCGACUAUCAUCUUCCACAUCAUCAUGAAGCGCAAAAUUAAGAAGAUGAAUCUGCUCGACGACUCUCACCACCCUCGACAGCAAAACGACACCGAAGCCGGAAGAGCUUCGGAGGGUAACAGCAUGCACCCUGGAUACAGCAACGUCAGCAAUGCGCCACGUAAUAACAGCAGACAAUCUGACUCGGCCCUUGUUUCUACCUUCAGUGAUGGAGACCGCCAACACCGCGGUGCUGAAGCCGUUGGCAUGGCACCUCCAUCGGGCGCACAACCACAACGAUCCAUGCUCAAGAAGAUCUUCUCUCCACAUACUGCUUCUGCGAGCGAAAUCUCCUCUUCCCUGACUACACACUUCCGUCACCCGGUCCCAGCAUACACAAAACAAGACGUCCUCGAGGCCUAUCUCCACCCUGCCCUAGCUCAACGCGAGGAAGUCAUUUGGCUAGCCAGAGAUCAGGCUGGCGUUAGCAAGAGCGAGGUUUCUGAGCUGACUGAGAGCCUGGGAACGUAUGGCGUCGAGGUCACAGAUGAGGGCGCGGUAAUGAACGAAAAGGGAAAGGUUGAAUGGGACGAUAAUAGUGUGAGGCAGGCGCCUCUUUGGGAUCACAAGGUCGUGUAUUGA